AGCUAAGAAAAUGAUUUUAUAAGAAACUGAUGUAAAGAACAAGUGUAUAAAUUGUAAAAAUAACAAUAGGACACUUUAAAUAAAGUAAAGCCAAGCCACACUCAGUAUCAUGGUUCAUGAUUGCAAACUGCCUUAAAGUGUUUGAGACUUGCUAUGUUUUUGUGGUUAACGUUAAAUUGCAAUUCUUUUACUUCUCACAAGUGUCAACGUAAUUUAUAAAAAGCACUCUACACAGACAAGAUGACUAGUACAGAAGAUAGUACACCUAAGAUUGAAUUCAAGAAAAAAUCGAAGAAACCACUAAGAAAACGUCAAAUUUCAUCGGAUGAAGAUGACGAGAAUGAAGAAAUUUCUGUAAGAGAAAAAGUUGAGGAAAUGAAGACCAUACAGAAGCUCAGAGAGCGUCCUAAAGGUAUAAACAUUGUCGGAUUGGCUUUUGGAGAAAGCGAAACUUCUGAUGCAAUGACGUCGGAUCCUUUCAAUGUAAAAACUGGAGGAAUGGUAAAUAUGGCUGCAUUGAAAAAUGCAAAAUUGAAACAAAAUGAUGCGUAUGAAACAGGAAUUGGUACACAAUUUAAUGCAGAGACUAAUAAACGAGAUGAAGAUGAAGAAAUGGUAAAGUAUAUCGAAGAAGAGCUAUCCAAGAGAAAGAGCAAAAAUGAUGAAAAAACCGAGAGCGGAUCAAACAAUGAAAAGGGAUCGUAUUGUUCGCCAGAAGAAGCAGCGUUACAAGCUGUACCUGAACAUUUAAGGCAAAGCUCCGCGCAUAGAAGCGAAGAAAUGCUUUCAAAUCAAAUGUUAUCUGGCAUUCCAGAGGUAGAUCUUGGGAUAGAAGCAAAGAUUCGCAAUAUCGAAGCUACAGAAGAAGCUAAGUUGAAGUUACUUUGGGACAGGCAUAGGAAGAAAGAUGGUCCUUCCCAAUUUGUGCCGACCAAUAUGGCUGUGAAUUUUGUGCAACACAAUAGAUUUAACAUAGAAGAUGCAGACUUCCAAAAAUCGAAGCAAGAUUCCGACGACAAAAAGAAAAUGCCGGCGCCCAAAGACGAUUUUAAAGGGAAAAGAAAAGACAAUGGAGAAAAAGCAACCGAUGAUUAUCAUUACGAAAGAUUUAAAAAACAGUUUAGACGAUUUUAGAAUUAAUUGUAAAAUAGGUACUCGGUAAUUAUAAGCUUCUUUUCGAUAUACAUUAUAUACGAAAUGUUGAAUAAAUAAAUUUAAUUUUAUGGACGUUUACAUCUUUAUUAAAUAUUUCCAUCCUUCUCAAUUAUAUCCGAAUCGAGAUAUGGUAUAGUCGAGAGUUCCGACAAGAGUUUCGCUUCUGUUGAACUACUCUCUGUGGUUCGAUACCGGUGGGGAGCCUGUGUUAUCGGCAUGUCCAAACAUCCAUUGAAAACUGGGCGUAAGCUUUGAUACGAUCACGGAGAUGACGACAUCGUAACGACGUCAAUUGACUGUAGUGGAAUUAGGUUGUAAUUCGAUCCCUUUAAACUUACUCUGACCAUUGUUUUUCUUAACAAUUGUGGCUAUGAGUUGUGGAUUCGUUACCUGCGGCCCUAACGAGGCCCUCGUAGUUUCAGGAUACUAUAAACAUACUAUACUAUCGUGUUCAGUUUUUCCUCAUCGAUUUCCGACUUAUUCAGAACUCCUAUCUUUAAGGAUGCUGCUACAGCAAACCUCUUUUGGUACCCGGUGGCCGGGUAUUUGUAUGGCCCAUCGUCCAGCAAGUGCAAAA